UAGUAUUUCGUCAUUUUACAUAUAUUAGGUACAAAACUACUGCCGUCUUCCAUUCUUUGAAUACUCUACAUACAACAAAAAAGUGAUUCGAGGUUGAAAAUUUCAUUAAUUUUGAUACUUAUUUCGAAUAACACGACUAGAAAAACUCGCUUUCCUUUUCCCCCGUUUGUAUUUCGGUUUGUUUUGAUUGAUUCUUGAUUUCUCAUUGCAGUCGCGAAAGCUGUAUUCAUAUUCUCUUUGUUUACUUGUUAAUUGGCAUUGAUUUCUUGUUGAUAUAGUCUCUGAUUUUGUGGAUUCUUGAAUAUUUGUCGUAAUGGUAGCGGAUACAAAAUUGUAUGAUGUCCUAAAGGUCAGUCCGGAUGUGAACGACUCAGACCUGAAAAAGGCAUAUCGGAAGCUCGCCUUAAAAUAUCAUCCGGAUAAAAAUCCAAAUGGUGAACAACAGUUUAAAGAAAUUUCCUUGGCAUACGAAAUUUUAAGUGAUCCUCAACGCAGAAAGAUGUAUGACCAAUUUGGAAUUACUGAAGGUAAUGCUCCACCUCCGGGAGGAGACGCCGGUCCUGGUGCUGGAUUCGGCGGCUUUCCAGGAGGAGGUGGUGGUGCUCGCACCUUUCACUUCAAUAUGGGAGGUGGUCCAGGAGGUGGAUCACAAUUCUUUAAUGCAAGCGAUCCCAAUGAUAUCUUUGAACGUGUCUUUGGACAUGCUUUCGGCGGAGGCGGUAUGGAUGAAGACAUGGAUAUGGACGGUGGAUUUGGCGGCGGUAUGCCGGGCGGAUUCGCUAGCAUGUUUGGUGGUGGCGGUCCCCGCCCUAAAUCGAGCGCUCGUUCUUCUUUCGGGGGUGCUAGACCUCGUGGUCCUCCUCCUCAAAACGAAGUUGUUACUCGUCCUCUCAACAUUUCCCUUGAAGACCUUUAUACCGGUUGUACAAAGAAACUCAAAAUUACUAGACGAAUUCUUGAUGCCUCGGGUUCAUCUGUAAAAGCUGAUCGAAUCUUAGAAGUCAACAUUAAGCCUGGAUGGAAAGCAGGCACCAAAGUAAAGUUUGCCGGUGAAGGUGAUGAGAAACCCGAUGGUUCAGUCCAGGAUAUCCAGUUUGUGUUAGGCGAAAAACCCCAUCCGGUUUUUACUCGCCAAGGCGACGAUCUUCGCAUGUCUAUAGAACUUACUCUUAAAGAAGCUUUGCUUGGGUUCUCUAAACAAAUUACUACCAUUGAUGGUAAGAGAUUGAAGGUUUCAUCUUCUCUUCCCACACAGCCUGGUUAUGAGAUUAAAUACCCAGGAUUUGGUAUGCCCUUGCCAAAAACACCCAGUCAACGUGGUAACAUGAUUAUCGAGUGCAAGGUUAAAGUUCCUUCGAAUUUGUCUGCUGAGCAGAAGGCUGCUGCUGAGGCCUUUUAAGAACCUCAUGUAGUUUUCGUUAUCCUUUCCUUCUUUUCAUCUUCAGUUACUUAAAAGGGUGUUGUUCUCCGUAUUCAGUGAAUUGUACUCGUCACUUUAAUUUUUGUUUGGAUCAGUUUUGAUGAAUUUGUUCUAAUGGGAUAUAUUCUCAUCGGCCUCUUUAAUGUUCCUUUUAUGUCUCUCUUUCUCACUUAAAAAGAUGAUGGUGUACGUUAUAUGGUGAAUAUAUUUUGAAUAUUGUUCAUUUCGACGUUCCAUUUCUUUUUCUAUUUAACUAUUUAUAAUAGUUAGCAGUUUUACAUUUGUCCCAUGCACCUCAACUUCAUGAGAACCGUCUAAUGACAUAAUGAAAAUAGUUUACUCUAAUAGAAUUCAUGUCUUUUAGCGCAUGACGAAUUAAUAAUUUUUAAUGGUAAAUAAAAAUAAUAUUAACAUUUCAUGAAUUAAUACUACUGACUAGUUUCACUAAGCCCGAAAGGAUUCUUCCUUUUUUUUUAUUUUUAUAAUUGAG